AAAGCGAACAAAAAGCAAACGGCUACCAGUCCAUCAAGCAGCGCGAUCGAGUUCGAGAGUGAUGUGAACAAACCCAGAGAGUAGUGAGCGCCUGUAAUGUGUGAGUGAAUGCGUUCUUGUUGACUUUGUCACGAUUGAAAAAGAUUGUUGAAUGUUGAUGCGUUUGGUGUACUUGAGAUCAUCCAACAUCCAGAAGCAGAUUGAAGCAACGAUCGUAAAGCAGAAGCAGCAGCAGCAGAAAACAACAUCCACCGCAGUUGCAGCAGCAAGAGGACUUCCGCUGACCUUUUGAUGUUUUCCAUCUCUCAAUCUUUGAUCCGGCGUUUGAUGAAGUAGGCUCUUCGUAGCUUCCUGGCGCGAAACCACUGGAAACAGACACGGCCUCACAGUGGAUCAAGGCGUGCGCCGUGUGUGCAAGGAUCGAGAGUGUGAGAUUGCGAGAGAGUGAAUGCAUUUCGCGGAUAUUCGUAAGAGAAUAUUCCUGGUUUCUGUCUGAGGUUUGUCUGAGAUCUGACUGAGGGCAACAGCGUUUAAGUGCGGUGAGGCGUAUCCGAGGUGUGCGAUCUUUACUUCUGUGCGAGAGUGAUAAUAAAGCGAGAGUAACCAACCACCUGGCCGCGAAGAAGUGCAAACGCUGAACGAGGACAUUUCAAUGUAAGCUAGCCACUAAACCAUCAACCAAGCAUCAACAUAUCUGCGAGCGUGCGAAUGGUGCGAGAGUGAAUUCUAACGAGCGCCCGGAAGAUUUGAGCGAGUGCGACAAGUCAAUAGUGAAAGGAAAGAAGUGUGUGAAGUGCUAUUCUCUGCGGUAUUUGGAUUAGUUUGUAAUUUGUGACUUGUUUUUGUACCUUACUAUUGCUAUAUCUAGUUUUUAACAACGCGAGUGCAACGUGCGUUCGAGAGUGACCUACCAGCAACAUGUCGAUGGUAAUGGUCCGUACGGAAGAGGCCAACAAGUUGUUGGACUUCUCGCAAAAGCUAGACAUCGGUCUGCUGGAUAGUGUCGUGGAUUGCCUGUACAGUAGCACUGGUGAGCAGCUGAGAAUGGCCCAAAACAUUCUCACCACCUUGAAGGAACAUCCCGAUGCAUGGACCAGGGUCGAUAGUAUCCUGGAAUUCUCGCAGAAUCAACAAACCAAAUUCUACGCACUGCAGAUCCUAGAGGAGGUGAUCAAGACCCGUUGGAAAAUCCUGCCACGCAACCAGUGCGAGGGAAUCAAAAAAUAUGUUGUAGGAUUGAUCAUCAAAACAUCCCAGGAUGCAACCGUAAUGGAAGCUAAUAAAGUUUAUCUAAAUAAGCUUAAUAUUAUUCUGGUACAAAUUUUGAAACGGGAAUGGCCAAAUAAUUGGGAAACAUUCAUCAGUGACAUUGUGGGGGCAUCGAAAACAAAUGAAACACUCUGCCAAAACAAUAUGAUCAUCUUGAAAUUGUUGAGCGAAGAAGUGUUCGACUUUUGCUCUGGCCAGAUCACUCAGACCAAGGCCAAACAUCUGAAGGACACUAUGUGCUCCGAGUUCUCCCAGGUGUUUCAACUGUGUCAAUUCGUUCUAGAAAAUUCACUGAAUGCACCUCUGAUAUCCGCUACUCUCGAAACUUUGCUAAAAUUCUUGAACUGGAUUCCCCUUGGGUACAUUUUCGAGACAAAGCUUAUCGACAUGUUGGUUUGCCGCUUCCUAACGAUACCCAUGUUCAGGAAUAUCACAUUGAAAUGCCUCUCGGAGAUCGCAGGCUUGCAGUUGGCCAACUACGGACACAUCUUCGUGGCAAUGUUCAAACAGACGAUGGAACAGUUCGACAGUAUGAUUCCCUCCUGUACCAACAUGAAUCAAAUCUACAUGAAUGGCUCGGAUGACGAGCAAUGCUUCGUACAAAAUUUGGCCAUGUUUUUGUGUACCUUCCUGCGAGUACAUUCGGCGCUCGUCGAAAAACGGGAAACGAUGGAUACGGUGCUCAAGGCGCUUGGCUACCUAGUAAUGAUCUCGGAAGUCGAAGAUGUUGAAAUCUUUAAAAUUUGCCUCGAGUAUUGGAACAGUCUCGCGUCGGAACUGUACAAAGAAUCCUACAGUUCGAGCCAGCGUCGUACUUUCUAUGCUAAGAUUUUGUCCAAGGUGCGCUACAUUAUGAUCUCGCGGAUGGCCAAGCCCGAGGAAGUGCUCGUUGUCGAGAACGAAAACGGCGAGGUGGUGCGUGAGUUCAUGAAGGACACCAAUAGUAUUAACCUGUACAAGAAUAUGCGAGAAACGCUCGUAUAUCUGACCCAUCUGGAUUACGCUGACACCGAGCGUAUCAUGACGGAGAAACUGUGUCACCAGGUGAAUGGUUCCGAGUUUUCGUGGAAGAAUUUGAACACGCUCUGCUGGGCUAUCGGGUCCAUCUCUGGUGCCUUCUUCGAGGACGACGAAAAACGGUUUCUGGUCACGGUGAUCAAGGAGCUGCUCGGACUCUGCGAACACAAAAAGGGAAAGGACAACAAAGCAAUCAUAGCAUCGAAUAUCAUGUACGUGGUUGGGCAGUAUCCUCGGUUUUUGCGGGCCCACUGGAAGUUCUUGAAAACGGUCGUCAACAAGCUGUUUGAGUUCAUGCACGAAACGCACGAUGGUGUGCAGGACAUGGCCUGUGAUACUUUCAUCAAAAUCGCCCUGAAAUGCCGGAGGCACUUUGUUCAGCUACAACCCAACGAAUCGUGUACCUUCAUCGAGGAAAUCCUUGCCACCAUGAGCACGAUCAUCUGCGAUCUGCAGCCGCAACAGGUUCAUACAUUUUAUGAAGCUGUCGGUUACAUGAUCUCGGCCCAGGUUGAUCAGGUUCACCAGAACGUAUUGAUCGAAAAGUACAUGAUGCUUCCGAAUCAGGUCUGGGACGAAAUCAUCUCGCAAGCGACAAAAAACGUUGACAUUCUCAAGGACAUGGCCGCCGUCAAGCAACUGGGAAGCAUCUUGAAAACCAACGUCCGCGCAUGUAAAGCCCUGGGCCAUGCGUACGUUUCCCAGCUGGGCCGAAUCUAUCUCGAUAUGCUGAACGUGUACAAAAUCAUGUCGGAGAACAUCACGCAGGCGAUCGCUCUCAAUGGUCUGGCCAUCAACAACCAGCCGUUAAUCAAGGCCAUGCAUGUCGUCAAGAAGGAAACGCUUACCCUCAUCUCCGAAUGGGUGUCCAAAUCGAACGACUCGCAGAUGGUGAUGGAGAACUUCAUCCCCCCGCUACUGGAAACGGUUUUGUUCGAUUACCAGCGCACGAAAGUACCGAACGCUCGGGAACCGCUGGUGCUCAGCACGAUGGCAUCGAUUGUCAACAAACUGCAGGCGGUCAUCACGCCGGAAGUGCCGAAAAUCUUCGACGCCGUGUUCGACUGUACGCUCGACAUGAUCAACAAGAACUUUGAGGACUACCCGCAGCAUCGGACAAACUUCUACGAACUGUUACAAGCAGUCAACACGCACUGCUUCAAGGCGUUCCUGAGCAUCCCGCCGAAUCAGUUCAAGCUGGUGUUUGAUUCAAUCGUGUGGGCAUUCAAGCACACGAUGCGAAACGUUGCCGACACCGGAUUGAACAUUCUGAUGCAGAUGUUGCAGAACCUCGAGCAGCACCCACAGGCAGCGCAGAGUUUCUACCAGACCUACUUCACGGACAUCCUGAUGCAAAUCUUCUCGGUAGUAACGGACACCUCGCACACGGCCAGCCUGCAGAACCAUGCGACCAUUCUGGCGUACAUGUUCUCGCUGGUCGAGGCCGGCAGGAUCACGGUCAGUCUCGGGCCGUCGCCGGACAACGUCCUCAACAUCCAGGACUACGUCGCGACGCUGCUCAAAUCCGCCUUCAGUCAUCUGACUGAUAAUCAGAUCAAAAUCUUCGUCACCGGUUUGUUCAACCUCGAUCAGGACGUCCACGCAUUUAAGGAGCAUUUACGAGACUUUUUGAUCCAGAUUAAGGAGGUGACGGGUGAUGACGAUUCGGAUCUCUAUCUGGAAGAGCGCGAAACCGAGCUGAAGAAAGCCCAAGAGGAGAAGAGACGAAUUCUGAUGACGGUGCCUGGUAUGAUCAAUCCGCACGAGCUACCGGAGGAGAUGCAAGAUGAGUAAAAAGCGAUCAUGAGCGAAAAGAGUUGUGUGGAAUCAGUGAAAAGUGUAUUUGUUUGUGAAGUAAGGAAAAAAACGAGAAUAGAUCAACGGUGUGAAAUAGUUGAAGUUUUGAAUUAGGCUUUUUCUUUCUCUGGAAAGAAUUUAUAUUUUUCUCUCUGUUUUGCAACAACAAUAAAAAAACUAAAACGGAAUGAGUUCAACGUUCUGGUCUAAUUUCUACAAACUAGUGAGCAUUACGGAUAACACAAAUUUAACAAUACUUUUGUCACAUAACACUACUACGUCUAGAACCAAACAACCACAGUAGAUCCGCGCACUGAUAAACGAAAAAACGCCAAAAAACAUAACCAGCAACAUGCAAGAGAAACAACACAGCCACAGAAUAUCCCAGCAAUAGAUUUAAAUGUUAAAAUGACGAUGUGUCCCCCUAUAUCGGAUGUGAAAGCAAAUGAUGAUCGUUUUGCAUUGAUGAUGGUGAAAGAAGCAAGUACAGAGUUGCAGUUUUCUUUUUUCUGUAGAAAAAGAGCAGUUUGGUUGCGUAAGGUUCAUAUUUUACAUGCAGGAAUAAAAUGGAAUCCCAUUUUCAUUACAUACAUAUUUUAUUAUUACACACUUAUUUAUAAGAUGCAACAAAACUUCAAAUAAUUAUUACUUUUCGGAUUGAUAUGCGUGUUGGAAUGUAUGAAAUUUGUUGUUCUUAUCUAUUAUUUUAUUGCGAUUCAAAAAUCUAUCCCUUUACUCAUUUUUUUUAACUAAUAAGAGCGUGAAUAGGCUAGCAGCUAUGUACCUACUAGUAGCCAGCAGCAAUUGAUUCGAAGAAUGAUGUGUCUGAAAACGGUCGUGAAAGAGCGUAUGAGCGCGCAGAACCAGGAAAAGCCUGAGGUACUUCUGCAUCCUUUUUGGUUGCGAUUGGAGCGGCGGAUUGACUUCGGAACGGGAAAGAGCAAAGGUCAGAGUGAGGGAGAUGAUUAUAUGGGUAUUGCGGAUCGAGUUUUGUCGUGGUAGGGAUUUUAAGCUGAACGUAGAUUAUAAAGUUUAUUAGUAAAAACACACUUACAACAUGUGAAACGACAAAAUGGAUAGGCAGAAGCACUAAUAACUUAUAAGAAGGUUAGAAUUGAAUACUAUAAUAGUAGCGAGUACAUCGUAUAGACGUUUGUAGAGAUUUGGACAGCACAUGCGAAGGGAAGGCAAGUCUACGAUACAAUAAUAGAUGAAAAAAGUACGACACUAAGCUACGUUUUUCUUUUCUCCUACGAAUAACAAACAUUUACAAGAUGAAAAAGAAGUAACAAAAAAUGUAUGCGUGUUUGAAUGUUUGUUUGUGUGAAAUCUUAACCUGGAAUACAUGAAUCACUCGCGGAAGGUAAAUCGCAGUGCAGGAACAUUACACUGGAGAGAUCACAGAGAAAAUGAAUAACAUUUUUUCAGUAAGUUACAAAAACGAAAUAAGAAGAAAAAAAACGUUGACAUUAUUAGCGUGAGAGCACAUUGUGGAAGAAUUUUUGAUGCAUUACGAAUUACCUGCAGGAAAAUCAAGCGGAGAAUAAAGCCAGAAUCAUUUAUUAUCUCAUGUAGAUCGUA